AUGGCCAGCAGCGUCCCCGACCUCCUCAUCCGCUUUCGUGACGACAUCAACACUCCCCGCGACGCCUCGACUUUCCGCGCCUACUUCACCUCGUCGACCGCGCCAUGCUGCUGGGAGCACGGUCCGAAGGGUCAGGAAAAGCUGCCUUUCCUCGGCGACAAGUUCGAAGGCGAGGAGCGGGUGCUCGAGUACUGGCGGCUGAUCGGGUCCGUCUUGAAGGGCAAAGGGUCGGACUUUAACGAGCGAGAUCUACUCGUGCGGGAAGAGGACGGGCAGGGGAAGGCAAGAGCGAUAUGGACGGGCGACGCGGUGUGGAGUGUUGCGGAGACAGGGAAGGAAUGGCACGAAGCGGUUGUCUGGAAGUUUGACCUGGUCAAGGAGGGCGGAGAGUGGAAGAUCCAGACAUGGGAAGUGUGGGCAGAUACCCUCUCCGCCUAUCUCGCAUCGCAACCCUGA